GUUUGAUUUGGCUGGCGGUAGAGUUUAAGACCACCCAUGUGCGCGUAGUUGGCGAGGUUUCGCAUGCGCACGACAAAUCUAACGAAAAAAAGCUUCGACCGCAUUCGUGCUUCUUAGUGUGACUCUUGAUGGAAUUCGCAUUUGACGACGAUGUAUUCGACUCUCCGAGAAUCAGGUGUAGCGAGCCUGGAACUUCGUACAACGCCAAGAUCUGUGAAAGCGAGUGGUUUCUCACCGCCACCACCGACAACACCGAGGAGAUGAUGAUGCUGGAAAAGUACAAGGGAGAUUACCACUACGCGAGAAACGAAUUUGACUCAGCGUUGGCAGUCUACGAGCGUUGCUUCAAUCUGGCCCCGAAUUCAGCCAUCUCUGUGAUGCGGGACUGCGCCGAAGGAAUGGCAAGGUGCUGCUCGAACCUUGGCCUAUAUGACAAAGCCUCGCAGUACGCCGAAACAUUGGAGAAGCUCUCAACGAACAGUGAUCACAGGGUCGCGCUGUGGAUGCUGCAGUCCGAGAUAUACAACCGGGCGAAAAACACGAUAGAGGAGAGUGCAGCCCUCUGCAGAUGCAUAUUGGUGCGACCGUGGACGUCCGAUCUUUGGUACAGGCUCUCACUGUGCUACUUGAGCCAGCUUGGAACUCAGAGUGACGCUCCUGAGCUGACCCUCAAAGCUGGUGCUUGCCUACUAAAGACGAGAAUGCUGUACCAGGGGGCACUGUCAGGAAAUCAGUCUUUUGCAAAAGCACGUAACCUCAAGAUGCUUUCCAAGGUCGAAGAUCUGGUUGCCAGCCUGAAACUUUCAGAAGACUUCACAACGCAGGCCCUGAAUGAAUUUGAGAAAGAUGCCGAUACUGCAAACGGGGCUGAAAUUGAUGAGGAAGAGGAGUCGCUCAGGUUACUGGGCCUGAAAGCUGCAGAUGUUAUGUCCACAUUCGAGAAGCAUUGGUUUUCCUGGAUUUUGUGGUAUGAGCACGAUGGCAAAAGUCCAAAGGAGCAGGAAGUCUAGGUGGAGCAAAUUGUCAUCUGUACAUUAUCUACUGUAGCAUCUGUUCAAAAUAAAGCUGCACACGAUUC